AUGAGUGCAUCGGAAAUAGAUGGACAGGACUGGUCGAAGAUUGAACCCAAAUACUCCACAAAAGUUCUGAUUGGAAAUUGGCUGGAGGAGAGGAAAAGGUUUAUAAAAGUCAGUGAGAAACCCGGCAACAGCACGUACAGAAAAGACUUCAUUUGCUUCCUGGAUCACAAACCAGACCAAACAUCAAGGAGAACCUUUAUGAAGAGAGUCAUGGGCCUCCCAAAGCAGCAUUUCUUCACACAUCACAAGGAGCCAAGCAACCGAAAUUUAGUAUCAGAUUACGAUGACAGCUACAACAGACACGGUCACAACAUCCUGCUGCCUCCCCUUCGCAGAUGGAACGGACACAGCUUGGCCUGGAUUCCUGAGAAAUCAGAUUUCCCCAUUCUCGAACCACCCACCAACUAUGGCCUUCUUGAGCAGCUAAUGAAAAAAUGGCACAAGAAAGAAGCUGGAGUGAUGAACAGCAUCUACACUGUUUCCUAUGAAAAAAUGCCUAUUUCUGCUUUUGCUACUCGUCAACUUAGACGACCAGCUAUAACUGGUGGCUUUUCUUCCAGCCAGGGACAUAUUCCCCAUAAUGUUAGGACAAUACUAGACUAUGAUGGGGCUCAAAAAUAUCUGAAAGCUCUAGGCCAGCUGGCCAGAAAGGCAACAAAUUGA